AUGGCAGGGGCAACAUUGCCUCCGGGUUUUCGAUUUCAUCCAACUGAUGAUGAAUUAGUUGGAUAUUACUUGAAGAGGAAAACUGAUGGACUUGAAAUUGAAUUGGAAGUUAUUCCAGAAAUAGACUUGUACAAAUUUGAUCCAUGGGAACUUCCAGAGAAAUCGUUCCUGCCAAAUCGCGAUAUGAAGUGGUUCUUCUGUCCUCGAGACAAGAAGUACUCGAAUGGCUCACGAGCCAAUCGAGCCACUAAGGCUGGAUACUGGAAAGCAACUGGUAAAGACAGGAAAGUUGUCUGUCAUGAGUCUGAAGUUGUUGGAUAUCGAAAGACAUUAGUGUUCUAUCGCGGAAGAGCUCCUCUCGGAGACAGAACAGAUUGGAUGAUGCACGAGUAUCGUCUCUGUGAUGAUGUUUCACAAGGCGCUACGAGUUUCCAGGGGGCGUUUGCACUUUGUCAUAUCAUCAAAAGAAACAAUGUCUCAUCGAAAACAAGUGAUAUUUCACUAGCAAUCUCGAACAAUCCUGUUGUUCUUACUGCUGAAACGUGCAACGAUAGCAACUAUUCGACUCCUAUAACUUCUCCUUAUGAAUCUACAAACCUUAGGAUGUCACAUGAUCAUAUGAUUCUUGAUUCUUCAAUGGAAUGUCCUGGAGAUGGAACUUAUCUGCACUAUGAGUUCCCAAGCGUGGCAUCGUGGCAACCAAAUGAUCAAAUUGAGGUCACAUCAAGCUCAACUUCCCCGAAUUUAAGAGGGGAAGUUGAACUUUCGGGUAAUCUUAGUAGCUUUGGUUGUGUAUCUCCCUACUUGAUUCAUGGAAGCUACACGGGGCUUUACGAUAGUAGUGUUAUGUCAUAUGAAGGAAAUGAAGGUUGGAAUCAAGCUAAUUUGGGAGAUUUUAACGGUUUAUGGUCACACGAAGAUAACUUUCAGUAA